AUGCUUGACGGAACCUUACCAAGCUUGUUAGGACUGGACUGGUUCCGAGCUUUGGGCAUGGGAGUGACCGGGGUCUUCAGGAACGAAGUCGACCUCAAACAAGAACUUAUGAAGGAGUUCGAGGACGUCUUCAAGGACUGCCUGGGCAAGUACGAGGGAACCCCUAUUUCUUUUAACCUAGACCCACAAGUUGCCCCUAUCCGGUUGAAAGCUAGGAGGGUUCCCUUUGCCCUUAAGCCCAAGAUCGACCGGGAGUUGGACAAGCUAGUAAGCCAGGGGAUACUAGUGCCCAUUGAUCACGCAAAAUGGGAGACACCCAUAGUCACCCCAGUCAAACCGGACGGAUCGGUCCGGAUUUGCGCUGACUAUAAGGCAACGCUUAACAAAGCAUUGCAGAAGAGUGCAUACCCCGUUCCAGUGGUGCAACACUUGCUGCACUCGUUGGGUCAAGGGCAGGUUUUCGCCAAGCUGGAUUUGGCCCAAGCCUAUCAACAGUUACCCGUAGAUAGCAGCACAGCUGAAGCGCAAACAAUCGUCACGCACCGGGGUGCUUUUAAAUGCACCCGGCUGCAGUUUGGGAUUAGCGUGGCUCCAGGGUUAUUCCAGAACCUAAUGGAGCGGCUAUUGCAGGGACUCCCCGGGGUGGUGCCCUACUUCGACGAUGUCUUGGUAUCUGCUGACAAUUUAGAGGAAUUAGGAGUACGGCUGAGAAAAGUUUUGGGCAUUUUCCGGUCUGCCGGACUUAAGGUAAAGCUGAACAAAUGCCAGAUCGGGGUAGGGUCAGUUGAAUUCCUGGGCUACCGGAUAGACAGGGAAGGGAUCCACCCCACUGAGAGCAAAGUACGGGCCAUCAGGAAGGCCCCCGCUCCCCAAAACAAAGCGGAAUUACAGGCAUUUUUGGGCCUGGUAAAUUUCUACGCAUUCGAAGGAGUUAAAAACCUCCUAUCCAGUGAUAGCCUCCUCAUUCAAUACAACGGCACGCUACCCCUAGUGCUAGUUUGUGAUGCAUCCCCCUACGGGGUGGGGGUUGUGCUCAGCCACAGAUUGCCAAAUGGGACAGAAGCCCCUAUAGCGUAUUACUCCCGAACAAUGUCUUCGGCCGAGAGGAACUAUAGUCAGCUAGAUAGAGAAGCAUUGGCUAUAGUCUCCGGGGUAAAGAAGUUUCAUGAAUAUGUAUUCGGUCGUGACUUCGAGAUAGUCACAGACCAUAGACCCCUACUAGGCCUAUUGGCAGGCGACCGCCCAACGCCCGUGGCUCUCUCACCCAGACUGACCCGAUGGACUAUAUUCCUGGAGGCCUACUCUUACAAAUUGCUUCACCGGCCAGGAAAGGAGUUAGGGCAUGCGGACGCCCUGAGCAGAUGCCCGUUACCGGAAACCAUUGAAGACCCUACCCCGGGGGCACCCAUCCUACUGAUUGACUCUUUGGACUCGGGCCCAGUCACAUCCAAGGAAGUGGCCAGGGCUUCUUACAAGGACAUUACAAUAAGAACUGUAAUUGGUUGGGUACAAAAGGGAUGGCCCGCUGCGCCGGGUGAGCGUUUCAAGGAAUUUGUAAAGAAACGAGAGGAGCUAUCGGCUCAAGGGGGGUGUCUGUUAUGGGGGGAUAGGGUGGUGAUCCCGGAGAAAUUAAGGAAAAAAGUAUUAGAACUUCUGCAUGAAGGCCACCCGGGAAUUGUGAGAAUGAAGGGGUUAGCAAGGAGCUAUGUGUGGUGGCCAUUAAUGGACAAGGAAAUUAGCGAGUCAGUAUGGGCACACAAUUAUAGCGAGGGCCCAACGUGGUUAAAGGGGACAAUCCUUGAAAUAACCGGGCCCAAAUCAUAUCUGAUAGAUAUGGAGGAUGGCCGGGUUUGGAAGUGCCACAUAGACCAAAUAAGAAAACGAAUAGUGCUCUUGCUGGGCUAA